AUGGAGACGGACACUGAUCGCUUGGUGGUGUUGGACGUGCGUCCUUACAGCGAUUACGUCGUGGGACACAUUAAAAACGCCUUUACCCUCCGUUUCUCCAGUAUUUUGCUGCGCCGGCUUCGCCAGAACAAGGUCAGCGUGCUGGAUCUCUUGAUCGACGAAGCCUCGCAAUGCAUCUUCCGCGAACGCACCAGCCGGCCACAUGCCGUCAUUGUCGUCUACGACAACAACACAACCGAGCUCGACAUUAGCGAGCCCGAUCACCGCAACUCGCUCCACGUCACCGUACAACACCUCCUCAACUCCAACUAUCACGUUCGCUUCCUACGUGGCGGUUUCAACGGCUUUCAGGACAUGGUAGACUUUUGUGAAGCCAACCCCAACAACACCCCACCCCAAGCGGCGCUCUCCCUCUCUUCCCUGAGCCUCGACCGCAACAUGACCCCCAGCACGCCCAUUGAACGCCACCAUCGCGACAAGGCCCCAGCUCAAAUCUUGCCCUAUCUCUACGUCGGCGCCGAGGCUCACGCCGAAAACCGUGAGCUGCUCAAGCGCCUCAACGUCACCCACGUCCUCAACCUGACCACCCAUGACUCACGAAAGUACCCCGAAUUUGGCUACCACCAAAUUGCCAUUCGUGACUCAUGGAACCAGGACAUGAGCAAAUGCUUUGAGGAUGCCUUUGAAUACAUCAACAAGUGCCGUGCGGAGGGGGGUUGCGUGCUUUUGCAUUGCGUGGCCGGCAUCUCUCGCUCGGCCACCGUGGCCAUUGCUUACCUCAUGACCUUUCGCGAGCUGGACUUGAACGCGGCCUAUUCGACCGUCAAGGAGCGUCGUCCCUGCAUCGCCCCAAACCUCGAUUUUAUGGGCGAACUGCAGCGAUACGAGGAAAAGCUGGCGGCCAAGCGCCAGGGUUCUCCUUGCACUCUUGUGUAG